GGCUCCUAGAUACAAACUCUUCAGUAGCAGAAAAAUCUGAUCAAUACUUUGCUGAGCUGCACGAAUUCCGACAGGCCAACAAAGAAGCGUGUAUUCAUGAGCAGCACCUGGAGCCCAAGGCUCUGGAUUACAUAGUUCCUGAACAAGAACCAGAUUUGAUAACCCGUUCCCAUAAGUGUGUUCACUGUUAUCGAUUAAACCAGCGCCUCUUCACUGUCCCUGUGGAUUCAGAAUCUGCCUGCCCCAUGUGUAAGAUCCCACGUACUCACCAGCCCCCAGAAGUCCUGGAAGAGCCAGUCUAUGUCAGGGUCAGCAUUCCCAGAUCUACCCUUAUGCCUGCCUACAAAUACAAAGCCCAUCGCAGGAAGAGCUUUGAAGCGGCAGACAAUCUAGCAUUGCCUUCGCAUUGCCUGGCUGGCUGGGAAAAUACCAUCCCUUCCAGCAACCCCACGCUCAGCAGUUUGGAUUUGCGAGCUUCACUGGAAGAGAAGCCUUCUCACCAUCCUUGCCUGAACUCGGUGUCCAGAGUGUCAGGAGGAACCAGAACUGACCAGCUUCUGAACCUGACCCACUUGACACGCUUCAGAUUUAGCAGUGCUUCUCAGCAGAGGGAGCAAAACAAACCUGGACACUACAGAGCAACUCCAAAUUUAAAUCUGACUGCCUCAACUCUGUGA